AUGCUUUAUCUGGUCCACUGUCAAUCCCACAAUGCCUUGCGUAAGCUUGAAAGUGUGUUUGGUGCUGAUGAAGAAAGAGUGAAGGCAGUGAGGGAGGGAGAUUCUGUCACUCUAAACCCUGAUCUGACUCAAAUACAGGGAUUUACUGAGAUACAGUGGUGGUUUAAAGAUCAGCUUUUUGCUAUUACUGAUGGAAGGAAUCAUGAAUAUCCUGAAAAUGAGAGAUUUAGAGACAGACUGAAGCUGAACCAGAAUGGGUCUCUGACCAUCACCAACAUGAAGACCAAACACUCUGGACUCUAUAAACUAUGGAUCGAACUCAACACUGGGCCCUUAACUUUGGAUUUCACUGUCACUGUCAAUGAGUCUCCAUCUGUUAUUGAUGCUGUUAAAGGAGAAAUGAAGUUUGAAUCGGUGAAGGAGGGAGCUCCGGUAACUCUUCAGACUGAUGUUAAACAGCUACACGGAGAUGAGCUGAUAGUGUGGAGGUGUGGAGAAGAAGGAAAACUCAUCGCUAAAGCUGAUAUGGAGGCUAAGAGCUCACCAUUAUAUGAUACUGAUGGGAGAUUCAGUGGAAGACUGGAGCUGGAUCAUGUGACUGGAUCUCUGACCCUCACAAACACCAGAACCACAGACUCUGGACUCUAUUAUCUACAGAUCAGCAGCAACCAACAGACCUUAUACAAGAGAUUCACUGUUACUGUCAGUGAACCAGAUCUGUCUCCAGGUGCUGUAGCAGCGAUUGUUAUUGCUGUUCUAGCUGCUGUUGCUGUUGGUGUAGCUGGACUGAUUUACUAUCGCCGCAAGUUCUCUGAACUACGAAAACAAAUGUGUAAGUAUUACAGCUGA